AUAUAUAGCCCUCUCAUCUCCUUUCCAUAUUAUGAACAUUUAUAUAGAGAAUUGUUGAUCACUUCUAACAAACCAACAUGAAAACCUCUCCUUUCUAAAAUCAUGGCAAAGUUGUGGCAGAAGAAGGCAGUUUUAGUUAGUGUAUAUGAGGAGAAACCAACAAAGAGAAAGCUUCCAUCAAACAACCACCAUCACCACCACCACCACCACCGUCACUACUAUUAUGUCCAUCACAGCAUCAAACAAGACAACAAGCAUGGAGAAACUGCUGUUAAAGGAUAUAAUAGAAGAGCUGAGCUUCUUCUUUACUCUCAACACCUUAGACAGUCUGUUCGUUCUGCAGAAUCCCCUCAAUUAAAUUCAAAGCCAAUUUCUUCCAACAUCCAGCAACCUACAGGCAAUGCUGUUGCUGUCCAGAGAAAGGAAGAAGAUAACAGAAGUACUCCAAGUUGUCUUGGAACCUGGAAAGUCUUGAAACUCAAGUUCUGUAGAUCUUUGGUAAGUGUCCAAAUCAAGAAAGGAACCAAGAAAAAGAACACUGGAUCUGCAAGGAAUGUUACGAAAGCUUUCAUGAAAAACAUAGAGCUGCAGAAGAAGAAAGGCUUCAUCUCAAAAUUGCUGCAAAAGCAUAGGUAAAGCCUCAUUAGGAUUUUGAGGAGAGAAUAUAGAUAUCCAUUAAGGGAACAAAAUAUCUGAUUUUAUGUAUUCAUAUUAAUUAUCAUGAUAUGGAAUAAACACCAUAUUCUUUUUUAAUUUCUU